UGAGCUUUUCAGCUUCAACAGUUCGAAUUUCGAGGAAAUUUUGAUUUUUGAAAGCUUUCGAAAGAAUUUUAGAUCUGUUUUGAAAUUGAUUUUUAAUUCAUAUUCUGAUUCUGAUGACUAAUAAAUUAAAUCAAAGUAAAUCUGAAUUCCCUAAUUCCGAACGCAAGCUAAAUGAUCAAUGUCCAUCAUAAUUUUGAAGAUAAUCUUCAUUUCCUUCGAUAUCAACUUUUUAUUCUCAGAAGCUUCAUGAAGCAAUUUAAAUAUUCAAUCAUUUCGAAGAAUCAGCUUGACCAAGUUCAGAAUAAAACAUGAAAAAAUUAAUCAGCUGUUCAUCAGUCAUCCCAAUCGAGAGAAAGUACGCUCAUCGUCUCAUAAUCAACGUAUUCGCGUUCAUUACAUGUUUGGAACUUGAAAGGUUGAACUUGUAUGAACAGUCAAGUCGUCAUAUUCAUUAAUGACGGAUGUGUUUCAACAUUAUGUUCAUUUUUUUCGUAUUAUUAUUGAACAAAGUCGAACUAUUCGAGUCUAAACAUAACGUAGAACGUUUUAUUAAUCCUUUAAGUGAUGCAUUUAUCAACUCAAUUAAUUCUUUGAACACGACGUGGAAAGCUGGUCGCAAUUUUCACCCACUCGUUGAUCUCGAAUUCCUCAAGUCAUUGGGAAACGCUUACGAUGCAGAACUUGAAAAGUCCAUCGAAUCUACGAUCGUUUCUAAUAGAUCGGUAAAUCUACCUGAUGAAUUCGAUUCCCGAAUACGUUGGCCUAAAUGUCCCACAAUUAGAGAGAUACGAGAUCAAGGAUCAUGCGGAUCAUGUUGGGUGUUUGCUGCUGUUGAAGCUAUGUCGGAUCGAGUGUGUGUACACUCGGAUCAGAAAACCCAUUUUCAUUUCUCUGCCGAAAAUUUAUUAACUUGUUGCCAAACCUGUGGUAAUGGGUGUCACGGAGGGAGCCAUAAAUUAGCUUGGAAGUACUGGGUAGAUAAUGGUAUCGUUAGCGGAGGAUCGUAUAAUUCACACGAGGGUUGCCAACCGUAUUAUUUUCCUCCUUGCGAACACCAUGAAAUUGGUCCUAGAGCAAACUGUACGAAAUAUGGCCCUACACCAAAAUGUGUUCAAUCUUGUCAAUCAAAUUAUCACGUAGCGUAUAAGAAAGAUUUACGUUUCGGUAGAGAAUGGUAUUCUGUGGCCAGUGACGAAGAAGCAAUCAAAACUGAAAUAUUCAACAAUGGUCCAGUCGAAGCUUCGUUUUCAGCCUACGAAGACUUUUACGUUUAUAAAUCUGGAGUAUAUCAACACGUGAAAGGAAAUUUUGUAUGCGGUCACGCAGUCAAACUCAUAGGCUGGGGAACCGAUCACUCGACUAAUACUCCAUAUUGGCUGGUGGCGAACUCUUUCAACUCGGAUUGGGGAGAUCACGGAUAUUUUAAAAUAAAACGAGGAGUAAACGAGUGUCAAAUCGAGAAUGAUGUAACCGCUGGACUCCCCUUAUUAUGACAUCAUUCGUGAUUAAAUAAUAAAUCUCGUUGCUCAAAUUGGUAUUCUCUGGCCAAGUUUUUAGAAGGCCGGAAAUUGUUUCAAAAAUUACUCAGUGAUAUAAAAAUCAUAUACGUAAAAUGUAACACGUUCCUAAAUAGUAUAAAAUAUUGUGAUGAAUAAAAUACUAAUGUUGCUCA